AGCUAGCUGCGAUUAUUUAUUUUUUUCAUUUUGAAGAUUUUAGCCUCAUUUCUACUGAACAAAGCCGCCAAAGGCAAGCUGACUGGAGUGGAGUGGCAUGCACAGACAGUUGAGAUCAGGGCAAGGCCAAGGGCACUCAAUCAAUCAGUGCAUUCUUGAGCGUGUGGCUCCUUGACUUGAUAGAGACGGCGAGUUGAGACUGAGCUCUUUCGAGCAGCCGACCAGCGGUGAAGCUACUAGUAGUACAGUGCAUCCAGUCUUCACAGCACCUGUGAGUGUGAUUUCUCUGCUGCGGACGGUGUUUCGUGCUGAGUGGACUGUUUUUCUCCCCAAACCCCUGUCUUCAAGUUUCUGUCAAAGGAAUGAUCUGCCACUGUUUGCCGAGGUUAUCAUCGUACAUGAUCUGAUGACUGAUGUCAGUGAUGAUGUAGCAGCUGCUGCUAUUAGUAUUAUUAUGAGGCCAAUGAAUUCCGUAGAAAGUCUGCCGGCUGGAGAAAGGUGACUAACAACGUGUUGUUGAGACACUCUCUACCGUGCCAGGAGUCACAAUCGCUCACAGGAAGGAAGCGCUUGUUGAGUAGGAUUUGUAUUGAUGUAGGUGUGCAGUUCCAUGAUAGCCGCCGCGUAUUGUUGGUGUGCUACCGACGACGAGAAAUCGUUCUGGUUAUAGAGAUAAUAGAGCCGUGCUGUCACAGCCAGUCUCCCACUGCCACAAUGGAUCACAUUCACUGUCGCAACUGUGAAAAGAGGUGCUUUGGCGAGGCUCUACGCGUCCAAGACUAUCAUUUUCAUCCGACGUGCUUCGUUUGCACAUCGUGCAACGUGCAGCUAGCCGAACAAGGGUUCUAUAUCCACCAGGACAAGUUCUACUGUAGCAAAGACUAUCUGGAGAGGUUUGGCACGCGCUGUCACACGUGCAACGAUUUUGUCGAAGGCGAUGUCAUCUCAGCACUGGGCAACACGUACCACCAGCAUUGCUUCGUUUGUGCUAGCUGCAGGCAACCUUUCCCAUUAGGAGAGCAAGUCACCCAGGUAGGAGAUGAGUGCUUUUGUGAGAAGUGUCUUGCGGCGCGUGAUGCAGAAACAGCGGCACGAUUGUGUCCGGAAUGUAAGGAUAUUGUGGAGAUGGGCCAGGGCUUGUUGGCAGUGGACAAGGUGUGGCAUGUGUGGUGUUUCCGUUGCAAGAUCUGCCACAUCGAUCUCACCUCCAAGUACAUUGUCAAGGAUAACGAUGUAUUAUGCGAGGAUGAUUUCAACAAGCAAUUUGGCAUUCAGUGUGAGCUAUGCCAUGCCUACAUUGCUGGGAAAGUCGUUCAGGCUGGUGACUCAUUUUUCCAUGCAGACUGCUCGAAGUGUGUGGAGUGUGGCAAAGCAGUGGGCGAAGACAUUGAUGUGUUUGUAUUAGGGUCUCAAGUUUGGCACAGUGAAUGUUACUCCGGAUCUCAGCAUAGCAAUCAGCAAAAAGAUGCCACGGAGAGUGGGGACGUGAACCAAGGAGAUGUGAUUGUGAAGUCCCCAUUGCCUCGCCUUCUUGUGGAGGAUUCCGAACCCAUCACCAUUGAGCCGGCGCUGGAUUCCAGGAAUGUAUCUGCUUCACUAUCCGCAGUGCCUGCCACCGCAGCGGGAUCCGUUGCGUCAGCACAGGCAGGAUUGGCGAUCGUAUCUCCACAGUCGUCGCUGAACGAGUCACCGGAAAAGAGACCAGACAGUCAAGACAGCACAGGUGGUGAUAGUGCUAUAUCCUGCACAACACCCACCGGUACCAGCUCUGAAGCGGAAGCAAGCGAAGUGUCGGUUGCGGCCAAUGCGCACAUGCCCAAUAGCGGUGUACAGAGCAUUGACCAUCACGGCAGAGAAGACAAGGAGAAUGAGCUCAGUGCUGACCACUUGCUGGGUCUCUCGGAUCCUCCAAGCCGAGCACCGAGCGAAGCUUCAUCAGUAUUUGCUAAUGGUGAGCAUGACUCGUACCCGUCAACCCCGACACCAACACCGAGCGUUGUGCAGCGCACCCCAUCCACCAGCUCUGCUGGCUCUGGUAGUCGCAUCAGGCCAAAGUCUAUAGCUGCCGUUCCCAUGAGAUCAGGCUCUAGCCGGUCAUCGUCGUCCAGUUCUUUCAACUGGAAAGAAAUGUAUCCGGUGGAUGACAAGGAAGAGGUACCGGAGCAGCCGUUGCCUAAAGCAUGUGCAACUGUGAAGUCUCUAGCGCAUGGCGUGGUUUCGCCAUCUACAGGUGCUGAUAGGUUUCUCCGGCGAGACAGCCGGCCUGGAUCACAAGCAUCUGUUGCUUCAGCAGAGAAGGCUGCAUCUCCCACCAGUCCGCCUCCCCAUUCACUAAACAACCGCCAUGCAUCUAAGCCCAGUGAAGGUCAAUCGGAACAUCCACCGCCGACUCCAUCCUCACCCCUGUCACUCAUUGAAGAGGCAGAGUCUUCUUCACCGCAAACACCGCACAAGGAAACACAGGGUGCGGCAUCACAACCCGCUGCCUCUACACAGGGGAGGCGUGACAAAGCAACAUACCCACUCGAAAAACUGCAGCUAUCUGACACUGAUGUACUGCUGCCGAAGGGUGUAGAAAGAUCGCGAUUGGAGGAGUACUUGGAUGAUUCCGACUUUGAGAAAGCUUUGGGUAUGAACCGACCCACCUUCUACAAGCUACAGGUUUGGAAACAGCGUGAGCUGAAGCGCAAAGCCAAGCUCUUCUGAUGGCCAUGUGUGGCAUCCCGGCGGACAGCACCUUCUGCAGGAGCAGCCUGAAGAGGGAGUGCACAUGUGUGUGUGUGUGUGCACGCGUCGGCGCGUGGGAGAGAGAGAGAGAGAGAGAGAGAGAGAGAGAGAGAGUUACAUGUCAAGUUUAGUCGCCAUAGAUCACAUAAUCACUUAGUCGCUCAAUUUAAUAGGAUGUUGCUUGUUCUCUUUGAAGUCUGCCGAAGUUGCAGGAGAAUCUGCUUACCCUCCAGCGUCCUUGUUGUAAACAAUUCUCACUUCCAUGUCGUGACCAUUCCUCAAACAUGAACCAUUGAUCCGCUUUGACGUCGCUUAUUUGGUAACUGCUAGUCUAUUUGGUAACUACUAGUCUAAUUAUUAUUGACUUCACUACAAGUACUACUCUUCUCAUGUCACGUUAGGUCACAUCCAAUCGAGUCCGUGAUGCAAAGAUUGUCCACACAUUGCUGUGUGUACUGCAUGCCUGUGUGCAGUACAGUAGUAGUAGACCUGUUAUCAGUCCGUAUACUCAUACAUGUAAAUGCUCAUCUCAUUGUCCAAUACCGGUACUAGCAUCUGAUUGUCCAAUACCGGUACUAGCAUCUGAUCGUGCAUGGCUUUGAUUUCUGUUGAUUUCCCUUUUAAAGGUUUUGAUCGGCAAUGCUAAAUUAAAUUGUCGAUUCUGUACAUGCUAUUUCGUUAUAUAAUCAGUCUCAUUCUGCUAAGA